CUUAAUUUUCCAUUUACAAGGGCGUUACUGAUGUCCACAGUAGUCAGUCUAUGGUCCUGCCCAUGGGCGUUAUAAAGGGUAAAGGUGAAUUAGUUAGGGAAGAAAUUUGAUCAGGGACGGGCAGUUAAAAUUUGAUACUCAGACAGGUAAUUCAAGCAUUCCCUAUUGUCACCGCAAUCAGACCUAUAUAAAUCGUCUCUGACGGACACCAGUCACCACAUAGCCUUCCUUACUCCUCUCUUUUGGAUCAACGACCGGGCAAGAACCUCAACGCGGAUUAAAAUGUCGCUCUCAUCUGUCCUUUCGGCUGAUGCCAUCGACGCAGCUAUGAAGGACUGCCAAGCACCGGACUCCUUCAACUGUAAGAAGUUCUUCCAGCAGUGUGGUCUGACCAAGAAGAGUCCCGCGGACGUGAAGAAAGUCUUCGGGAUCCUGGACAACGACGCCAGUGGCUUCAUUGAGGAGGAGGAACUGAAGUUCUUCCUCCAGAGGUUCAACCCCGGGGCCCGUGUCCUGACUGAAAAAGAGACCAAGGCCUUCAUGUCUGCUGCUGAUGACGACAGCGACGGCAUGAUUGGAGCAGAUGAGUUCCAGGCCAUGGUCCUAUCCUGAAUACCCGGAUAACACCCUCCAUACCUAUUUCUCCUCGCCCCACUCCAGCGCUAGGAUUUAUAACUUUAGUUUUCCAUCUGUCCAUGUAUUUAGAAACAUUGAUUAUUUUUUGCAAGCCUCUGGUUCAGACUAUCUACAACUCUCACCCGAUUUUUAUUUUUGCUUUUUGCAUACGUUUAGACAGGUCAUUAUAUUAUCCCCCAAAAUGUAUCACUUACUAAAUUACUGAGAACAUAAAAUAAUAAAAUACAUUCUAAAAUCUC